AUGGUGAAGUACGGCCUUGACUACACGCGGUGCAGAUGGAUCCUACCCCUGCUCCUAGGCAUAGGUGUCAUCUUUGGUAUCAUUGCACUAGCGGGCAGGGGCUGGCUGGAGUCGCAGACCUUGCCCUAUGUGCACCAAGCCUCAUUAUGGGAAAGCUGCAGGAGGCCUGAGCAGGGGGGGAAUUGGAACUGCGAGUCCCUCAUGGGUUACGCCUGGGGAAGAGCUGCAGCUGCCACAUACCUGGUUGGUUUUCUACUUCUAGUCAUCUGUUUUGCUCUGGCCAUCAUAGCCUUUGCCAUUGACACACUUCGGUUCAACUUCAUACGUGGGAUUGGAGGCUUGCUUUUUGUUGCUGCUGUGUUCUCCAUCAUGGGCCUGGUCAUUUAUCCAGUAAAAUUCUCAACUGAAAUUGAAAUGACAGGAGUCAAUAUGUUCAGCUGGGCCUAUGGCUUUGGCUGGACUACUGCCAUUAUGGAAAUAUGCCUGGGAUUCUUCUUCUGCUGCCUUCCUAAUUACGAAGAUCAGAUCUUGGGUAAUGUGAAGCCCACAUACUUUUAUUCUUCCCCAUAA